CCUAACGUCACUGUCAAAUGACAGCGACCACAGACAAAAAUCGCAAAACAAACGUGCUGUGAAAAAGCCAAAAAAGUACCGAAAGGCAAUUUAUUUUGCGAAAAGACUUUUUAAAUGAAAAAUGGCGGUGCGGCCACAGCACAUGCACGACGGCGGUAUUGUGGAGCGUCGGCUGAGACCGAUUUACGACUGGUUAGACAAUGGGAAUAAUAAGAAGGCACUGCAGGAGGCAGAGAAAGUGCUCAAGAAGAGUCCUUCGCUGCAAGCUGCUCGAGCUUUGAAAGCUUUAGCACUUUUUAGGUUAGGAAAGGGAACUGAGGCCCAUCAGGUGCUGGACGCCUUGGCUGAGGAGAAGCCGAGCGAUGACAACACGCUGCAGGCGAUGACGAUAUCCUACAGAGAAUCUCAGCAGUUACACAAAGUAUGUGCCCUCUACGAAAAUGCAGUGAAAUCAGAACCAGCAAGUGAAGAGCUGCAUUCUCACCUCUUCAUGUCCUAUGUGAGGGUCGGAGACUACCGGGCACAGCAGCGGGCGGCCAUGGCUCUGUUCAAGUUUGCACCCAAGAACCCUUACUACUUCUGGGCUGUUAUGAGUAUUAUUUUGCAGGCCAAAACAUCGGAAGACAACACGAAACGGGGCAUCCUUCUAUCACUAGCCCAAAGAAUGGUAGACAACUUCAUUAGCGAAAACAAAAUGGAGGCCGAACAGGAAGCACGUCUUUACAUCAUGAUUCUAGAGCUUCAAGAGAAAUGGGAGGACAUCCUAAAGUUCAUUGAAGGCCCGUUAUACUCCCAACUGGUACCAGGAUCGACAGCCCAGGCAAGCAUACCGUACCUGAAGAAGCUGGGCCAAUGGAAACGGCUCAACUUGGUCUGCAAAGAGCUCCUAUGGGACAACCAAGACCGCUGGGACUACUACGUCCCAUACUUCGACUCUGUCUUUCAAUUGAUGAAGGAUAACGACGAUUCAUCCGAAAACUCUGUUGACAAUACAGCUGAGAAAUGUCAUGAGUUCAUUUGUCAGUUGGUUGAGAGUAUGACGUCAGGUAGAACUUUGAGGGGUCCGUAUUUAGCUAGGCUAGAGUUGUGGAAACGUCUGUCUGUUGAUGGAGACCCGACGUCCAUAUUGGGCAGCGGGCUGGCCCUCUGCGUGCAGUAUUUGCGGGUGUUUGCCAAUAAGCCCUGUGCGGUACCGGACUUGAGGCCCUAUUUGGGUAUGAUACCUCAGAAGGAGAGAGAGGAGAACUGCCGAGAUUUCUUGACGUGCCUCGGUUUCGAUGAAAAGAGUGAACCGGAUUUGGCGGAUGACAUUCAGCGCCACAUCUCGUGUCUCUCCAUCUGGCGGAUGGUAGCAGCUCCCCUGCCGGCAGACGGAGCCCUGGCCCUCGCCGCGACCCUCAAGGGCCACUAUCUCCGUUGUCUACACCGAGGUCUCGUCACCUCCAACAUUACAGAGUUCUGCGCUGUGGAUUCCUACGGGAUAUUGGCGGCGCAUCAUUAUUUUUAUGCUGGCAUGCUGCAACAGAGUUCAGCGCCUGCGGUGGAAGCCCUGUGCCUGCUGGAGCUGGUUCUGCAUCACUCGCCGGCUAACUUCCACGCCAAGCUGCUGCUAGUCAAACUAUAUCAUGUACUAGGCAACGCCCUCGCUGCUGACAGUAUAUACCAGCGCUUGGAGGUGAAGCACAUUCAGCUGGUGUCUAUCGGUUGGCUGCACUGCGCGAGGCUGGCCCCCGCCUGUGCGGCCAGCCGCGCGCUGCAGCUGCUGGCCGACACUAGAGCCUUCUUGAAACAUCACGGGAAAGAUAGCGUGGAACACUUAACGUACGCGUACAAGUACGGUACGUUCGAGAAGCUGGUGGAGCUGGGCGCGUGGGGGGCGCGGCUGGAGGCCUGCGGCUGGGGGGCGGCGGCCGCCCGCGACCAGGCCCUGCUGCACCAGCUGGCCGGCCCGCCCGCCCUGCUGCACCAGCCCAGCAGGCUGCCCGCACAGCCCGCUGACAACCGCGACCUCAACGUGAUAGUAAACUUCGAGCCGCCACAGUUUCAAGACGAGCAAUUAAAAUCACGUACUUUUGACCAAGAGGUCUCGUACCUAAGACUCAAAGACGCUUUAGUGUCUGCCAUCGCGUUGUGUAUAGAGCUGGCGGACAGUAGGCCGGUGGAGGAGAAGAAACAGCACUAUGAGCAGCUGAACGCUUGUGUGGACGCGUUCAGCGCGGCCAUGGACAAGUGCCGGCAGAUGUACGCGGAGAAAGAGAGGAUUAGCAUAUCUGCGCCGUUCCCUUCAAGGAUUAUUGCCUUCGUGAACUCACCCGUCCCUUACCGGGAGUUGUACGGCACAGCUCUCCGGUUGGUGGGCGAGCUGGCGGCAGGCCACACGCGCGCCGCGCAGGACCUCAGUACUGCGGCCGCGAGGAUGUUGCCUCGAGCUCUGAUAGAGCUGAGCGCGGAGCUGGCCGUGAAGGGAGACCCCGUAUGGUGCAUGAGGGACAGGCUUGAGACGCUGUCUAAUUAUUUAGAGUUUGUCGGCAUCAUAACGUUCCUCCUCGGCGUAUGCAACGAGUUAUUCGCGCCGACGAACACAAAAAAAUCCAAGAAAAAAACAAACCAAUCGCCUGACGAACUCAAGACAUCCGAGCUGUUGAACAAACUGAACGAGACCGUUCAGGACUCCAUCAGCUUCCUGGAGAACAUCCUGGACGGCUGGCCGCAGUACGAGCUCCCCAACGACCUAGAACAAACCCUCGCCAACCUCUCCAUAGACAACAAAUACCAAAGCCCAGUAGAAAGUAAACUCAAAAACGGACGCGAUGACAUGAUAAACGACGUUAGAAAUAUAUUAAAAAGAAAGUCUAAAUACCUGAAGAGUCUGCUACAAUGAUGCCUUCUGCGUGCCGCUUGUACGAAAUAAUUAAGUUAUGUUUUUAUAAUAAAUAUACAUAUCUUGUAAAUACUUUUGUCUUUGCUGUUCGCGAUUGUUGUUGAGGUCGGCCGAACUGAUGUGGUGUCAGGCGAGUGUCUUGUUAUAUUCGCGUGUCGUUUGACCAUAAUGUUGUAAACACACUUCCGGACCCGUCUUGUCAACUGCGACCUGGUGGUGGUGCUAAAGCGAACAGAACAAAUCUUUGAAAAAAAAACAUAUUCCCGUUGCGCACUCAUCAGUGUUAACGUUUGUUGACACAACCCAAUUGAUAUUUAGCUCGGUAGUCAUAUUAUAUUUGGACGUCCGUCUGAUGAUCUCCGCGUCUAAGUCCGUGUUUCACUUGCGCCCAGACUCACGCAUGAAUCACAAUCAAAAUAAAAGAUUUUAUUUCAGGCCGUUUUCUAGGCCUUUUCAAAACGUUACAAUAUUGGCUCUAGAUGCACGAUUUGUAGCUGACAGCCGCGUCCGAUAGUGUGUUCACAACUAAAGAAGCCGCGGCUUCAUGUUUUUAUUGAUAUUGUUGUUACUGUCAAUAAAUAAAAUAAAGACGUCCCUGUUUUAACAAAGAUAUAAUAGAACAACUAGAGGACUAUAGGAUUACAGAAUUUUGCCUUAUUAUGGAUGUUAAGACAUACGAAAUAGCAUAAUGUUGUAAAGACAAUAGUCAUUUAGUAAUAAUUUUAGUUCAUAACCAACCAGCUUGAAGCUAACCCUUUUUGAUGGUAUACCUGACCUUAGGGGCAUUUCACACUAGCGUAUUUUGCGUAGCUUUGCGUAUAGAACGUUAGUGUGAAAAGCAAAUCUCUAGACAAAUGACAAUAGACUCGUUAAGAUGUAUAGAAAUGGAAAAUCUAACAGCCUAAACGAGACCUCAAAAUGUCUCUGUCUUCGAUGCCGGCAAGUGCAACGAUAAAGACGGCAUGACAGAGUGGUCCUCAACAGGCGCAAGUUACUUGACUAAUCUGAGAUAUAUGUUUAUUUCUAAUAUUUGAUUUCUAAUGUCAUUUGUCUCGCGGUUCUGCCUACAAAUCUUGAAUUCUUCGCACUUCCAUUUUCAUUGAGUAUGUAUUACACUAGUCUUCCUAUAUCUUCGAAACGCUAAUAAUAAAAAUAGUAUAAAGCAACCUACUCUGUAAGUUUUAUUUCAAUACAUUAUUUUGUUUAUGUGUAUUGGAUGUGUGGUUAUUGAGAAAUGAGUGUAUAGAUUUAAUUACAUACUAAAUACUCGGGAGCCGCAGAAAUUAUAUAUUUUUGAAGUAUUUGUCUUCACUUGCCGAUUUGUAAAUGUAAAACAAAUAUUUAUAGAUUUGAAGAAUAUAUUUUUUAAAUCAUAAUAAACGUACCUCCUCAAUAGUUAUAAAGUAAAAUGACUUUAAUCGUUUGUUUUAAAUAAUAACAUAAUUAUAAUGAUUUUACCUAUAAUUUUAGAUCUUACAAGUUUCGAUUUCCUAAUUUAUUUACCUUGCUCAACACUAAAUGUAGUCUUUAAACUUGAAACAGGCUCAGUAGAACAAAUUCUUGUACUUAUAACAGAAGUAGAAUUUCUAUAAAAUAUAAAUAACAAUGUGAUAAAUAUAAUUGAUUUGCAUACAAAAUUAACAACUGGUGCUCAAUUUUCAUGCGAAAAUAGUGUUGUUUUAAGGUAUUAUUUAAUGACUGUCUUCUGCCUAACAAAUAGUAUGUAAUUAGUUUAUAUGGCGUAUAGUUUGUACCUAAGAGUGAAUAUUACGAUUUUGUAUUUAAUUAUAAUUUAUACAGCCA